AUGACGGAGACGAAUAUCCUUUAUGAUUUUGCGGUUUUUACUUUAAAUCAUUCUCAGAAUCCUUUAUUCUUACUCGCCGAUGCGGUGACCAUAUCCGAAAAGGACGAGGGUUCCAUAUAUUCAACCUCGGAUGAGGAUGAUUCCACGUUAUCGUCACCCACUUCAUCCGAGUUUUCUUACCCUGAAAUCUCCUUGCAUUACGCUGAAAUUCCAUUCAAAGGAUCGGGUCGAGAUGAACCUGUACCAAAAAUUUAUGAUCAACGGAAUAGGAAUAACACAGAAUUUAAAGACCCUUCGUUAAAUAAUAUUAAAAAUAUUAAAUCGCGGAAUUUUUCAAAUUAUUUUAUCAAAGAUUUGAGAAAUUGUUCAAAUCUUAAUGUUAAGGAUUCUCAACAUGUACCAAAUCAUGCAAUAGGAUCUAACUUUAAAAUACCAAAGAAUAGGAAAACAAUUUCUAAAAUGAAAAUGUUACCAGUUGAUGAUAGUAAUGAUAGUAGCAACAAAACAGAUGAAUUGAAACCAAGACCAAGACGUAAAAAGGUGGAACCUUUAAAUCAACCUUAUGUCACCAGGUCGAAAAGAAUUAGCAAACCAACUUCUGGAUUAUCCGGAGGAAGGUGGGGUGGAAUAUGA